AGCAUCACAAGCUCUCAUCUACGCUGCGGUAUAGAUUUCGCACGGUACACAACUUGCUCACUGCAAACGCUUGCCAUCGUCACCACAGAAAAGACUUACAAUGCCGUCCCAGCUUUCCAGCUUCCCCGAGAUAUGCCCCCGGUGCAAGAACCGGUACAACGUCCGGGUUCUGGCUGAGCUGUACCGCACCCAACGAGCACGACUGCCUGUCUCCGCAUUCCCCAGCGCAGAGGCACAGGCCAACCCGGAGGAGUCAUGCGAGCUGGCCCGCGAUUUCCUGGAUAUUUUCAAUCGCGCGGGAUUUACGGACGAGGAAGUCUACCGCAUCCUCGACCCCGACUCUGAGAGCGAGGACGAUGGGCUGAGCGCUCUCACGCAAGAGAUGCAAGACCUAGCUGUCACCCUUCCGACCCUCUGUGCCACCAAGCCGUCGAGAGACUCUCCCUGGCAAUCGGUCGUGCAGCGCAUGGCCUACAGUAUCGUUGAGGACGUCCUGCCGCCAACCACCCUGCCCUCUUGCAAAUGCAAAGCCUACUUGCUGACGCCGACUCGGCUGAGCUGCCUGGAUCUGGCCCUGCUGACAGACUCCGUCGCGGCAAUCGACUUCCUCUUCUCCGCGGGCCUCCACCCGACCACGGUGCUGCCCACCGGCUUCAACAUCCUGGGUACCGCCAUCCUGGCCGAGGCCACCCACAUCGUAGCCUAUAUCUACGACGCCUUCUCUGUGCCUCCAUUUUCCUGGGUCGGCAACGCACACACCACCUUCACCCCCGACCAACCGUCCCUCCACCCGCUCACUCUCGCCCUACGGAUGCACAACAUCCCCUUGUUCCAACUCAUCCUCAGCCACGAGGCGCCGGGCGAACCGAUCCCCGCGGAGAUUCUGCUGUGGGCCGCCCAAUACGGCGACGUAGAGAUCGUGCGCGCGCUACACGAGCAAGCAGGCGUGGAUUUCUUCGCCGACGACCAGCCCCAUCGCAUCGUGGGAUGUCCUGGCCACAAAGUGCCCGGGGCAGUUGUCGAGUACAGAGGUGUAAUGCCCAUCGCGCGCAUUCUGCUGCACUUCGCCGCGCGCAACACCGCCGCCGGUGCGCAAAUGCUUCAGUGUUUGCUUGGCAUGUUCCCGCCGGGAGACCUGCGCCUGCGCCGCCGCCUCCUCAACGCGCGGUCCUGGUACGGCACCACCCCGCUGAUGGACGCCGUGCGCGCCGGCAACCACGCCGCUGUCCGCUACCUAGCAGACCCACAAACCACGUCUCUCGAUGUCGUCAAUCCGCUCGGCAUGUCGGCGCUGUACCUCGCGGUGCAGCGGCUAGACAUCCAAGCCGUCGAGACCUUGUUCGAGGCCGGCUGCGCUAACGGGAACGAGCCCGAUGAUAAAGACGGAAGGCCGGUCAAGCCCCCCUUCUAUGCCAUUAUUGACGCGCAUCGCCGGCCCUGCGUCGGACGAUAUAAUCCCAUGGAGUCGGAGGCGCAUCUUGACAAGGUACUGGAUGUGGCUAGGGUGUUGUUGUUGAACGGCACCGAUCCCAGACUCAAGUGGGAGGAGAACGUGGAGGAAGGAGCGGAGGUCAAGACGGUGCUGGAGGAGGUGAAGACCGAGCCCGUGCUGGAGAAGUUGGCACGCCUGUUGUUGGAGGAGAAGGAUUUCCCGCUGAGCGACAUUUGAGCUACUGGCUUGGUCGCUUCGAGUGGGUUUA